AUGACAUCGUAUCCACACACGUACGUGGCCGGCGAAGACGAAGGUCGAUUGGCGGCACGAGCGCAGAAUUUGGGGUUGGACCAACAUGAAGCUCGAAUGCCAAAGAAAAGUUGGGCCGCUCUGUUACUGCAGGAUGAUACGUUGACGGCGGCACGGAUGCACAGUGUGGGCAUUGUGGCGUCGGACGAACGCGUGGACGAAUAUGGCACUCUGCAUUUGAUGAGUCUGCGCCGCAGAAAGAAACGGCAAAAAGCACCCCAGUACGAUCAAUUGACGGAUCUAUUCGCGCAGCCAGGAGGAGCCGCUGCUGCUGUGCCUCCUGUGGAGACGCCAAGAGAAGAAGAUGAAGAGGAAGACGAAGAAGAGGAUGAAGUGAUUGACAUGGUCGAAGGAGGAUCCUUGGGAGCCGCGGCCUUUGGAAUUGUCAAGGGCACUGUGGGGCCUGCCAUUCUAUAUCUCCCCAGUGGCUUUUACAAAUCGGGCUAUGCCGUGGCCAUCCCCGCCAUGUUGGCUGCGACGUGCAUGUUCAUUUUCAAUGCUUAUCGAUUGCUCGAUUGUUGGAAAGUCGAAAGCGAUCGCAAUCACAAGGUAGAAUCCCGACUCAAAGAAGUACAGGCACUCUUGUCCAAGGGAAGUGGCAACAAUCUACAACUACAGCAGCAGCAACAGCAGCAGCCGCCACCACCACAAUAUGGAGCCACCACGGUACAACAGGAUCAUCUCUUUCAAGCCAAAUUGCUGACAUAUCCCGAAUUGGCCAAACGAGCGUUUGGACCCUACAGUCUCGUGGUGGAAUUGGGCAUUGCCUUUAUGCAAUAUGGAGUCUGUUUGACCUAUCUCAUUUUUGUACCCGAUAAUUUGUACCAAUGCGCUCGAGCGUUGGGAUUCGGCGACAGUGUCACCAAAUUGACCUUUUUGUGGAUCAUGAUUGCCAUUGAAAUACCACUCUCGUGGAUCCGCGAUAUUCGAAAACUCACACCCACCAACGUCAUUGCAUCCUUUCUCAUUCUCUUUGGACUUUGUGCCGUCCUGGUCAUUGCCUUUGUCCAAGGCACCGAGACUGUCACCCUCGGAACGGGUGCAACCGAAAUUGUCUUUGUCCAAAACAUUCAAACGAUCCGACCAUUGACCGAUACGUGGUUCCUCUUUAUUGGUACCGCCUUUUUCAUGAUGGAAGGAAGCAUCACAUUGAUUGUACCGCUCCAAGAAGCCGUCUAUCGACCCGAAGAUCGCGCCAAAUUCCCCGACAUGAAUCGCACCGUGACGUCCUGGAUUUUGGUCUUUUACAUUGUCUUUUCCUUUUUUGCCUGUGCUGCCUUUGGAAGUCAUAUCCAAACCGCAUUGACGGCAUCUCUUACGGGAACACUCGCCACCAUUGUUCAAUUGGCCUAUUCGAUUGCCGUCAUUUUGACAUUUCCCCUACAAGCAUUUCCUGCCAUGGAAGUGGCCAUUCGCAUGCUACAGCAAGUCACAAACACUUAUGAAUCGAAUGAGGAUCAUGCCAGCAGCAGUGGUUGGAAACGCAACGCGUUUGCUACCGUGUUGGUCAUCACGUUGGGGGUGAUUGCUGUCGUGUCCAUUGACUAUUUGGGAAAUGUGGUCAGUAUACUGGGAUCACUGUUUGGAAUUCCACUCGCAUUGGUAUUCCCACCCCUCAUGCACAAUCAACUGGUCAAAGAUUCGCCACCGCAUACCAAAUAUGUCAAUUAUUGUGUUGUGGUUGUGGGAUUCCUGGCCAUGGCUUCGGCAUCCUUCAAUACCAUUGUUACAUGGGAUCAGGGUGCAGAGAGAUAA